GUCUCUCUCUCUAGUUCAGCACAGCAAUGGCGACCAAAACCCUAAUUCGGAAUGGAGCUUCACUGAUGACCCGAUUUACGUCGAAUCCAAAUGUAUUGCAAAGCACGAAUGCUAGCCACCGGAUUGUUUCCCAGGGCAUCGGGAUCACUCCUCAGCUAUUUCCUUCUCUUUUGAAGCUCCGUGACUGUAUCCAAUUGCCCCAAACUGAAAUUGAUUCGCUUGACAAAGUUUCCAAUCAAGGGUUUUUGUAUCCCUGUGGCCUCCCUUCGCUUCCCUUCUUCUUGCCCGACGGGGAUUCAUCAAGUGAACCAAUGCUUUUAUUUCCCAAAAGGACAUACCAGCCUAGCCACAUAAGGCGUAAGAGAACACAUGGAUUCUUUGCACGCAAGGCAACUAAGGGUGGUCGCAGAGUCAUUGCUCGAAGGAUAGCUAAAGGCCGGUCAAGAAUUACAGCUUAGAUUUUAUCUCAUGAUUGAACCAACUUUAUAAGCUGCCUUACUAAGUGGCAUGACUCUGUAAAUUGAAGAUAAUCUAUUUCCUUUUUUAUUUUUGGUGGUGGGUUUGCCACCAAUGCAUUGUAGGAAAUUUAAAUACAGUGUGAUUGCCAGAUAUUUUCUUUAGUCCAUUUUACUUAGAUGAAAGAGUUCUUUAUGUCCAAA